AGUUCCAUCAAAGCGAACCCGGGCCAGCGCAAGGAUCUCCGAGUUGCGAGUGUGCUGAGGCUGGGACUGUCACUCAUUCUCCGAUCAGCGCGUGAACGCAUCUCGGCAGCGGCUGGCAGGAAACAAUUCUGCAAAAAUAAUCGUACUCAGCCUGGCAAUUGUCUGCCCCUAGGUCUGUUGCUCUGCCGCUGUCCACACUCGCUGCAAGGGGGGGCAGAGAAUUUACCGCGGCAAGAACAUCCCUCCCGGCCAGCAGAUUACAAUGCUGCAAACUAAGAAUCUCAUCUGGACUUUGUUUUUCCUGGGAACUGCAGUUUCUCUGCAAGUGGAUAUUGUUCCCAGCCAAGGGGAAAUCAGCGUGGGAGAGUCCAAAUUCUUCCUGUGCCAAGUGGCCGGAGAUGCCAAAGAUAAAGACAUCUCCUGGUUCUCCCCCAACGGAGAAAAGCUCACCCCAAACCAGCAGCGGAUCUCGGUGGUAUGGAACGAUGACUCCUCCUCCACCCUCACCAUCUACAACGCCAACAUCGAUGAUGCCGGCAUCUACAAGUGCGUGGUCACUGCGGAGGAUGGCACCGAGUCAGAGGCCACGGUCAACGUGAAGAUCUUCCAGAAGCUCAUGUUCAAGAAUGCACCAACCCCACAGGAGUUCAGGGAGGGAGAAGAUGCCGUGAUCGUGUGUGAUGUGGUCAGCUCCCUCCCCCCAACCAUCAUCUGGAAGCACAAAGGCCGAGAUGUCAUCCUGAAAAAAGAUGUCCGAUUCAUAGUCCUGACCAACAACUACCUCCAGAUCCGGGGCAUCAAGAAAACAGAUGAGGGCACUUACCGCUGUGAGGGCAGGAUCCUGGCCCGCGGGGAGAUCAACUUCAAGGACAUUCAGGUCAUCGUGAAUGUGCCACCCACCGUCCAGGCCAGACAGAGCAUAGUGAAUGCCACCGCCAACCUCGGCCAGUCCGUCACCCUCGUGUGCAACGCCGAAGGCUUCCCAGAGCCCACCAUGAGCUGGACGAAGGACGGGGAGCAGAUAGAGAAUGAGGAGGACGAGAAGUACCUGUUCAGCGAUGACAGCUCCGAGCUGACCAUCAGGAAGGUGGACAAGAACGACGAGGCCGAGUACGUCUGCAUUGCUGAGAACAAGGCGGGCGAGCAGGACGCGUCCAUCCACCUCAAGGUCUUCGCAAAACCCAAAAUCACCUACGUAGAGAACCAGACUGCCAUGGAACUGGAGGAACAGGUCACUCUUACCUGUGAAGCCUCGGGAGACCCCAUUCCCUCAAUCACCUGGAGAACGUCCACCCGAAACAUCAGCAGCGAAGAAAAGGCUUCGUGGACUCGACCAGAGAAGCAAGAGACCCUGGACGGGCACAUGGUGGUGCGCAGCCACGCCCGCGUGUCGUCCCUGACGCUGAAGAGCAUCCAGUACACCGACGCCGGGGAGUACGUCUGCACUGCCAGCAACACCAUCGGCCAGGACUCCCAGUCCAUGUACCUCGAAGUGCAAUAUGCCCCCAAGCUGCAGGGCCCUGUGGCUGUGUACACUUGGGAGGGGAACCAGGUGAACAUCACCUGCGAGGUGUUUGCCUACCCCAGUGCCACUAUCUCGUGGUUCCGAGACGGUCAGCUGCUGCCCAGCUCCAACUACAGCAACAUCAAGAUCUACAACACCCCAUCUGCCAGCUACCUGGAGGUGACCCCAGACUCUGAAAAUGAUUUUGGAAACUACAACUGUACCGCAGUGAACCGCAUCGGACAGGAGUCUUUGGAAUUCAUCCUUGUCCAAGCAGACACCCCAUCCUCACCAUCCAUCGACCAGGUGGAGCCAUACUCUAGCACAGCACAGGUGCAAUUUGAUGAGCCAGAGGCCACAGGUGGGGUGCCCAUCCUCAAAUACAAAGCUGAGUGGAGAGCGAUGGGCGAGGAGGUGUGGCACUCCAAGUGGUAUGAUGCCAAGGAAGCCAGCAUGGAGGGCAUCGUCACCAUUGUGGGUCUCAAGCCUGAGACGACGUACGCAGUCCGGCUGGCGGCCCUCAACGGCAAGGGCCUGGGCGAGAUCAGCGCCGCCUCCGAGUUCAAGACGCAGCCAGUCCAUAGCCCUCUUCCACCGGCUCCUGCUAGCUCUUCCACCCCUGUUCCGUUGUCUCAUCUGGAUACAACCUGGCCUCUUCCUGCUCUUACAACCACGGAAGCAACUAAAGGGGAACCCAGCGCACCUAAGCUCGAAGGGCAGAUGGGAGAGGAUGGAAACUCUAUUAAGGUGAAGCUGAUCAAGCAAGACGACGGCGGCUCCCCCAUCCGACACUACCUGGUCAAAUACCGAGCGAAGCUCUCCUCCGAGUGGAAACCAGAGAUCAGGCUCCCAUCUGGCAGUGACCACGUCAUGCUCAAGUCCCUGGACUGGAAUGCCGAGUACGAGGUCUAUGUGGUGGCCGAGAACCAGCAGGGCAAGUCCAAGGCGGCACACUUUGUGUUCAGGACCUCGGCCCAGCCCACAGCCAUCCCAGCCAACGGCAGCCCCACCUCGGGCCUGAGCACUGGCGCCAUCGUGGGCAUCCUCGUCGUGACCUUCGUCCUGCUCCUGGUGGCCGUGGACGUCACCUGCUACUUCCUGAACAAGUGUGGCCUGCUCAUGUGCAUUGCCGUCAACCUGUGUGGCAAAGCCGGGCCCGGAGCCAAGGGCAAGGACAUGGAGGAGGGCAAAGCUGCCUUCUCGAAAGACGAGUCCAAGGAGCCUAUCGUGGAGGUGCGAACGGAGGAGGAGCGGACCCCGAAUCACGACGGAGGGAAACACACAGAGCCGAACGAGACCACACCGCUGACGGAGCCCGAGCUGCCUGCUGACACCACAGCCACUGUGGAGGACAUGCUGCCUUCUGUCACCACCGUCACCGCUAACUCUGACACUAUCACCGAAACCUUUGCCACUGCUCAGAACAGCCCCACCAGUGAGACCACCACCCUGACCUCCAGUAUCGCCCCCCCGGUCGCGGCCACCCCUGAGUCAAACUCUGUGCCCGCCGGCCAGGCCACCCCGUCCAAGGGGACCGGCGUCACUGCCGCCUCCCCGGCCCCGGCCCCAGCCCCCAAGGUUGCCCCCCUCGUUGACCUGAGCGACCCUCCGGCCUCAGCCCCGGCCGCCAACAACCUGUCCUCUAGCGUCCUGGCCAACCAGGGGGCCGUGCUCAGCCCCAGCACCCCGGCCAGCGCGGGCGAGGCCCCCAAGGCCCCUCCAGCCAGCAAGGCCGCCUCCCCGUCGGCAGCCAGUCCUCUGGCAGCAGCCCCGACGGCCCCUGCCCCGGAAGCCCCCCAGGCCAAGCAGGAGGCUCCCGGCACCAAAGGUCCGGACCCCGAGCCCACCCAGCCCGGCGCCUCGAAGAGCCCACCCGAGGCCGCCCGGGCCCUCGCCAGCCCGAAGAGCGAGGCGGCCUCCGUCAGCACCACAAACCCUGCCCAGGGCGAGGACUUUAAAAUGGACGAAGGGAACUUCAAGACCCCAGAUAUUGACCUUGCCAAGGAUGUUUUUGCAGCCCUGGGCUCUCCUGCUCCCGCCGCUGGGGCCAGUGGACAAGCCUCUGAGCUUGCUCCUUCCACGGCCGACGGCUCUCUUCCGCCUGCACCAGCCAAGACCGAGAAGGGUCCCGUAGAAGCAAAGCCGGAGACAGAAACAAAGCCAGCGCCAGCCGAAGUCCAGACGGUCCCCAACGAUGCCACACAAAUAAAGGAGAAUGAGAGCAAAGCGUGAUGGGUGACGAGACACCAGCAAAGAUCAAAAUAUAAAGUGACACAACAGCUUCACCAGAGCAUCUCCAAUAUCACACACACACACACACACACAUGCACACACGCACACACACACACACAUCUCAUUCCUCUAGUGUCUUUUGCCUUUAAAAAAAAAAAGCUAAGCAGAUCAACAUGGGAUCUCCUUUUUGUAGAUUUAUAGAAAGGGUUCCUUUGUUGCACACUCACUUGUAAGAAAAUGAGACAAAAACGUGAAACCCACAGCCAAACUAGGACACUCGGUUCCCUGAAACCAUUUAAAAAUCGAACAAAAGGACCCCAAAUUAAGAAUCUAGGAAGCUCAGAAGAAAAAAAAGAAUCUAGGUUCAGGAUUUUGGUGUUGCCGAACCGGCACAGACCGGGUUCAGAGAAGUAACUUCCAGACGCUAAGACUAACCGAAUGAACAAAGUCCAAGUUUAUUUUUCUACUUUCAGUCGAGUUUGGACUCUGUGAAACCUCAUAAAUAAGUUAUAAUUUCUGUUCACUUUGUAUUUGUUCAGUAUGCAAAGUGUGUCGCCCUUCCUAGCUGAAUUCAAUUCCCACAUAGACUCUUGUUUUGUAGGAAGAAUGCCAAAUGCAGCUUCUGGGGGUAGAUCUCAAUUUGCAGUAUUCGGAUUUCUUUUCUCUUCCUUUUCUUUCUCCUUCUUUUUUUUUUUUUUCUUUCUGCCAACUUUGCUUUCCAGUGUUUACAAGUUGACAAAUGUUUGACUUCAGUUGUGUUUCGAUGUCCAUGUAAAAUAGCUGCCUUUUUUUUUUUUUAAGUUACAAAUACUGCCUAGAGAUGUAGGAUCCUCCCAGGACAACUUUACAAAAUCUAAUUGUUUACAGUGGCUCUUCCCCGCACCAUCUGAUUUGAAAUUUUUUGCCUGUGUGCGACUCAGGUGAAAAUCCAUCUCGUUCUGGAAUGGUUUUGCUUUCGGGUUUUCGGUUCCGUUUGCUUGUUUGUUUGUUUCCUUGGGGGUUAGACCACUUCUGAUUAGCGACCACCUGCCUGUAUCUGUGAAAAGGAUCUGCUCCCCAGGCGUCCCCACCCUUCCUUUUGAAGGACUCUUAGGCUUUGUUGAAUGAAGCAGAGAAGAUUGUAUAGUUGGGGCUGGUCUUGGUGAACACACAUUUUUACCCCAAACAUCCCCUUUUUUGUAGAAAGCCAAAUAAAAUAUAUACAUACAAUUUCCUUUUGAGCCCAGAAUCUAGAUUUGAGCGGAAGAGCAUGUGUGCUUCAGGGAAUUAGUGUCUUUUUUUGGAAAUCUGUUGAAGUAAAAUAACAUCAGCCUUCUGUUCACUUAGGCAGCAUUUGUAGAAACAAAAGGGAAAAAAAAACAAAAAACACCAACCUGCUGUCUGGAGUCAUAAGACAACUUUUCCUGGAUUGGAAACCAAGUGGGGGAAAAAAAAAUACAGAAACUUUAAGGGGGAUGGGAGGGGGGAGAAGGGAAAAGCCAGCCCUUUGUAUAGAAAUUUUGCUUUUUUUUUUCCUCAUUCUACUUUAGAACUGCAAGCUUGUACACUGUGGAUGCGUGAAUAUUUUAGUGUGAAACGUGUUUUUGUCAUAGUAUUGAAAUAAAACUUCAACAUAGUUUGGUUGUGGAA